GCGCAGCGGCGGGCGCGGAGCUGUCCGAGCGCUGAAUUUAUAGCGCGGUGCGCUCCCGCCCGCCUCAUUCCGGCACAGGCGCUGGGGUUCCCCGCGGCCCCCGCCCGCUCCAGCCCCCUCCGUCCCUCCGUCCCUCCAUCCCUCCCUCCCUUCUUCCCUCCCUCCCUCUCCGGCAGCGCCGACGCCUCCCUGCCCAAAGAGGGGAAAAGCAGACCGACCCAGUAGCCCCACCACCGUUCAUAAAUACCAAUUUUCAAAGCGAAAGGGGAAUAAAACAUACCGGCAACAGAACUGCUCUCAGCACUAUUCCCUUUUGCGUGAUGCUCCUCGCGUAGCUGGGUUUCCUCUUCUUUUCCUUUCCUUUUUUUUUUCUUUCUUUUUUUCUUUUUUCUUUUUUUCCUUUCUUUCCUUUUUUUUUUUUUUUUCCCCCUUCCAUCACCAAAAGCGAGGCAGGAGAACAACCAGGUCUGAUGCUUUGUCUCUUUUGUGCUGGCUGCUGGAGAUGAGCCUAGGCUUGACCUGACCAUGAUUCCAAGGACUGGCACUUCUUUUUUACCCCCAGUUUGUAGAGAUCCAGACCUUCUCUUCCUGAUUGUCAAGAAAAUUAAGUUAUUGCUGAAUUUGGGAAUCUAGGCAGCACCAGCUUACUUUUUCCCUGCAUCUCUCUGGCAUAAUUUCUGGGAUAUUUUCCAAAUCAUCACAGAAAGCAGGAGGAAUGAACCGGCAGCUAGUGAAAAUUUUGACAACCUUGUUUGCAUUUUUCUUAGAGACAAACCACUUCAGGACGACUUUCUGUAAAGAACAUGAUUCAAGAUCUGGAAAAUCCCCCUCACAGACCCUGUCUCCUUCAGAUUUUUUGGACAAAUUGAUGGGAAGGACAUCGGGGUAUGAUGCUAGAAUCAGACCAAAUUUUAAAGGUCCUCCAGUAAACGUUACUUGCAAUAUUUUUAUCAACAGUUUUGGAUCAGUCACAGAAACCACAAUGGACUACAGAGUGAACAUUUUUUUGAGACAGCAGUGGAACGACUCACGUCUGGCUUACAGUGAAUAUCCUGAUGAUUCCCUGGAUUUGGAUCCUUCUAUGUUGGACUCUAUUUGGAAGCCGGAUUUAUUCUUUGCCAAUGAGAAGGGAGCAAACUUCCAUGAUGUCACAACAGACAACAAAUUGCUGAGGAUUUCUAAAACUGGAAAAGUGUUGUACAGUAUCAGGCUUACUUUAACCUUAUCCUGUCCCAUGGACUUGAAGAAUUUUCCUAUGGAUGUACAGACAUGCACAAUGCAGCUAGAGAGCUUUGGCUACACUAUGAAUGAUCUGAUAUUUGAGUGGCUAAGUGAUGGACCUGUGCAAGUUGCAGAGGGUUUAACCUUGCCACAGUUUAUUUUGAAAGAAGAUAAAGAACUUGGUUAUUGCACAAAACAUUACAACACUGGAAAGUUUACAUGCAUUGAAGUCAAGUUUCAUUUGGAGCGUCAGAUGGGAUACUAUUUAAUCCAGAUGUACAUUCCUAGCCUGCUGAUUGUCAUUUUGUCCUGGGUUUCUUUCUGGAUCAACAUGGAUGCUGCUCCAGCCAGAGUCGCACUGGGUAUCACUACAGUUUUGACAAUGACCACGCAAAGUUCAGGAUCGAGAGCUUCCCUCCCAAAAGUCUCCUAUGUAAAAGCUAUCGACAUCUGGAUGGCCGUGUGCCUUCUCUUUGUCUUCGCUGCAUUACUGGAAUAUGCAGCAGUCAACUUUGUUUCACGGCAGCACAAGGAGUUUCUGAGGCUUCGAAGAAGGCAAAGACGACAAAACAAGGAAGAUGAAGUUGCUCGUGACAGUCGAUUCAAUUUCAGUGGCUAUGGCAUGGGUCACUGCCUCCAAGUCAAAGAUGGCACAGCAGUCAAGGCUACUCCACCCAACCCACCUCCAGCACCACCAAAGGAUUCAGAUUCCAUAAAAAAGAAGUUUGUUGACCGUGCAAAAAGGAUUGAUACAAUAUCCCGUGCUGCGUUCCCACUCGCCUUCCUCAUUUUCAACAUCUUUUACUGGAUUACAUACAAAAUUAUACGGCAUGAGGACAUUCACAAGAAAUAGGCAACUCUGGUUGCCAGGACUUCUUAGCCAAAGUGAUACACAUGUAAAUAAACAGUGAAAUGUCUUUCUGUCAUUUGGACUAAGGGUUUCUUCCCCCCCCCCCAGGACACUGAAGAAAAAAUGAACAAAGACAAAAAGAAGUAUAGAAGGAAAAGUGAUUGCAUGAAAAAAUAUGCCGUGAGACCAGUCAAUGAGGGUUCCCCUAUGUACUCUCAGUGUUGUUCUUCCAGAUUCAGCAUUGAUCAGACAUCUGUAAAUGGGGUCAAAUUUUACCCAGCUUUAUCACCAAGAUAUUAUCUUUCAAAACAAAAGAGAAUCAGAAAACAAACAAUUCUCCUAAAACAUCUACCAAGAGACUGUGGUGGCUACAGUACAGUGAGUUAUAAGAGGACCAAACUUUUUCAGGAUAAUGUUGCCUUUCUAUUUGAAACAAGUCUACUGAGCUACAUUCCAUGACCGUGUCUGUAGUUAGUGGUUUCACCAAGGAGUCCUUUUGUGGGUUGUAAAUUAUUUCUACUGAUAGGGGAGAGAAAAAAAAAAAGAAAAAAAAAGAUUUAUACUUUACUAUCCUUGUGGGUGUGCAUUUUAAUAUAAUCUUGCUUUACUAGAAUUGUGAUUUUGGGGUUGAACUUGUGUGUUGUGUGAUUUAUUUGAUAGUUGACACUCCAAAAACAGUGAAACUGCCCGGUUUAUUUUUGUUGGAAGACAGUGCACUUACUUCAUUUUAUUUCUCCUGAUUUUAAAUGCAACUUGAGGUGCCAAACUGUAUUUUACCUAUUGUGCUACCCUGUACCACACUACUUAGUAAGAACUUGUUUCCUCAAAGGUGUAGCUCAGUUUAGCAUUGAGUUUCUAUUACUGCUCUCAUUGUAGCUGCAAUCAAUAGCUCUAUAGGUAAACACAACUUGUUUACAGACCUCUAAUUUAUAUCUUUACUCAAAGUGGCUAUCAUUUUAAAUAUCAUUAAUUAACCUAAGAAUUUUAAAACUGUACUGUGAUUUUCAGAACCUGUUACCUUUUGGUGCCGGAUCUGCGUUAUUCAAGUCCUUGCUACAUGUUUUAAAGUAGAAAAAUUUAAAAAAAAAAAAAAAAAGAUGGUAUUUUUGCUUACACAGAAG